CCCCCCCAAAUAAAUAAUAAGGCUGAAAACAGCCGUGCCGUCUGGAAGCUUCCCGGUCUGCGGCCUGGUGGGCACCCAAGGGACCCCAAGAAGUAGGGCGACUGUGCCUGGGAGCCCCUCAGCACCCACAGACGCGGGGACCCCGUCAUGGCCGCCCUCCCGCUGGCCCUGGCGCUGCUGACCGUCGCCUGGCCGCCCCCCACCCGCCCGGCCCAGGACCCCCCGAUCGCCAACGUCAGGCUGGACCCCGGAACCCGGCGGCUGGUCUGGGACGAGAGGGGCAACGUGUCCGAGGUCCAGUGCAGCGUCGACCAGGACACGCCCAUGAGGGUGCGAGGCGGCAGCGGCUUCUGUCAGCUGCACGUGGUCCCGGCCUGCAGGCCCAGCACCUUCACCGUGGCCGUCACCCGGGGGCCCCGCUACGCCGCCUCCUUCCGGCACCCCGAGCUCGCCGGAGACCCGUCCGCAGCCCCCGAGCGCCUGAGCUGCUGGGUGCACGACUGGGACCUGCUGACGUGCCGCUGGACGGAGGGCCGGACAGCACCCAAGGGUGCUCAGUACCGGCUGUUCUGGGAGGACCUGCAGUCCCGGCAGGUGUGGGAGUGCGAGCGCUACGGCGGCACCCACGGCGGCACCCAUGACAGCACCCACUUCCAGUGCGAGUUCCGGGACGUGGGCCGAGGACACCCCGAGGAGCUGCAGCGUUUCCUGGUCAACGGCACCGGGGUGCCCUGCGCCGAGAUCUUCGUGGAGCUGGGGGCCAUCGAGCGGCUGGAUGCCCCCAACGUCACGGGGUCCUGCAACCAGACUUGGGCCGAUGUCCAGUGGCACAUGGCCGCCCGCUUCCAGUCAGACUUCUCCUACGAGGUCGUCGUGCACAGGGGCUCCAGGUCCGAGAAGCAUACGGUAAGCGGCCCCUCCCCCGCCGGCUCCCAGAUGCUGCUGCCCAACCCCGGGAACCUCCGUGUGCGCGUGCGGGCGCUCACCUUCGACCAGAGGUUCUGGAGCCCCUGGAGCCCUCUGAAGAGCUUCGAGUGUGAGCCGGCCCGGGCGCAGGAUGACUUUGAUCUCUCAGAUGCCCUUGGAGGUGACGACCCCAAGCCCACUGCCCGGCUCCCCAAGAAGCCCGUUCCAGGUGAUGACCUGAAUUUGGAAGAUGCCCUCAAUGGAGGGGGGCAUAAUGACCCACCGCCGCCCGACCCCCCCAAACCAAGACCCAAUCCGAACCCCAAACCCCACCAGCCCGGCACUUCCGGGAGCUUCUCGGACUCCGACCUCGUGGACGGGAACGCGGGUGGAGGCGGUGGCGGAGCCGGUGGACCCGGGAGCAACUGGAAAGAUGACGGGGAGACGCAGGCCGACUCGCCGGGCGUGAUCUCGGGCAUCGUGGGCGCCGUGCUGGUGGCCGUGGGUGGCGCCAUCUCCAGCGCCAUCGCCUACCAGAGGAAGAAGUGGUGCUUCAAGCAGGACGAUGGCGCCAAGGCCUAGGGCUGCGGCCUCUGGAAGCUUCUGGACUGACCCCCCCCUCCCGUGACCCCAGGACUGACCUUCUAUGACCCUCAGAACUGACCCCUGUGGCCCCCCCAUGACCUGUGUCUCCUGUGACCCCCUGUAACCUGUGUACCCCAUGACCUGUGUGACCUGUGACCCCCGUGAUCUGUGUCCCCUGUGACCCCCGUGACCUGUGUCCCCUGUGACCCCCGUGACCUGUGUCCCCUGUGACCCCCGUGACCUGUGACCCCUGUGACCUGUGACCCCCGUGACCUGUGUCCCCUGUGACCUGUGACCCCCGUGACCUGUGUCCCCUGUGACCUGGGACCCCCUGUGACCUGGGACCCCAGGACGGACCCCCAUGACCGUGUGACCCCCCACACACACUGAUUCCCCCCUCACCCCUGCUCCAGGCCUCCCUGAGAGACACGGGGAGACCCUCUCUGCAAGAGGGUGCAGGGGUCACGACCUUUUCUUUUUUUUUUUUUUUGCAUUUUAGCAAAAACAUAACA